AUAAAGCCACGAGAAAUCAUCCUCCUGGCCGAGGUCCAAGGUGGAGGAGGCUACGUGAUCCUCACCCUGAGCGAAGAAGCAGAGCCAGGCCAAGAGGAACCCUUCCGCAUAUCGUGCUUUCUGGCCCCGACGUUACCGCAAGACCUGAUAAGACAGCAUGUCGUGACGGACCUCCCAGAAUUCUUGAAGGUCGCCGCGUCGAGCGCAAGCCUGGACGUCAUCGUCUCGGUGCGUUCUGGGACGGGUCUCGCGCCCAAGUUCUACGAUGCUGUCCUGCGACCUCUGCUCGGGAUCCUCGGACUGCAGGAGAAGAAGAGUGAGGACGUCUCGGCCGCGGGAGAGCCUUCGUACCGAGUGACCGUGACGCAAGACGCCAACACCGUGAAGGACUUCCCACGGGAGAAAUGGGGACCCGACGCAGCGUCCAAGUCGACGGUCCUCCUCCUCUCAGGCGACGGCGGCGUGGUCGACCUCCUCAACAGCGGCGUGGCCCUCCCCAGCCCUGGAUCGUCCCAUCUCCUCCCCACCGUCGUCCUCCUCCCGCUCGGCACAGGCAAUGCCCUCUUCCACUCCCUGCACAAGCCCCACUACACCACCACCACCACGACGAGCCCAGGAGACCUCCUCCCACCGCCACCGCCACCGCCACCCGACACGCCGGCGUACAGACAGCACGGCGACAAGCGGUUCGGCAUGGUCGCGCAGGAGCUGCUGCGGGACCUGCACGGCUACGAGGUCGAGGUGGUGACGGCGCCGUCUGGGCGGUUGGUGGUGGCUGGCGGAAAAGGAGGAGGAGGAGGAGGAGGAGGAGCAGGAGGAGCAGGAGGAGCAGGAGGGUUCAACUACGUGCUUGCCACCAUGGUGUCGAAUCUGGAGAAGACGUUCACCAUCUCGCCGGACAGCAGGCCGCUGGACGGAAAACUGAGGCUGGUCCAUUUCGGAGGCAAGAGCGGCGAGGAGACCAUGGCGAUCAUGAUGGCUGCGUAUGGGGGUGGGAAACACGUGGGCAUGGCUGGUGUCGGGUACCAGCAGGAGGAUGAGGUGAGGCUGACGAGUCUGGAGAGGGACGCGAGGUGGAGGAAGGUCUGUGUGGACGGGACGAUUGUCGAGCUGGCUGAGGGGGGAACCAUGGACGUGAAGACGGACCAGGAGCCAAGGCUGAACAUUGUCUUCUUGGAUGCCACCACC